ACAGAUAGCCCAGUGUGUAGCUUUGUGUUUAAUUACAAACAAAACCUUACAAAAUUAACACAACCAUUGGCUUUCUUUCGGGAAAAACCGGUUCGUGGUUAAGUAAUAGAAUUGACACAGCCCGAGUGUUCGGUUUUUCAACAACUGUAGGAGCUAGAUCUGCAAGUUAAGCGUUGGGAUAAUACUUCAGUGUCAUGGCGGAGGAUAACCUGGCUUAUCAGCUCAAUGAGGAGCCCUAUUUACAGGGGAAAAAACAAAUGAAGAGGAGACAAAGGUAGACUACCGUAUAGAAAUGGUUUCUGUUGGGGAGCUAUCUCCGGCAAGUGGCACCACUACAGACGUUGUAUACAAGGUCGACGAUACACCUCGUUGGUAUCUUUGUAUUCUGCUGGGCAUCCAGCAAUAUCUGACGAUGUUUGGAGCUACCGUGGCGUAUCCUUAUCUGAUAUCCCCCAAAUUUUGUAUCGGUGAGAACGACCCUGCCCGUGGCUACAUUACAUCUACAACGUUCUUUGUUUCAGGUCUUGGUACAUUGAUUCAAUCAAUUUUUGGUACGAGGCUUCCCAUAAUACAGGGUUCGUCAUUCACGUUACUGGUGCCUACAUUUGCAAUUAUGGGUUUGCCUCAAUGGAAAUGUCCUAGUGAAGAGGCUAUCAUUGCCGCUAGGGAUCCAGGAAUUAAUAAGUCACUUCCUGUAACAGAUGAAGAACUACGAGAAGUCUGGCAAUCAAGAUUAAGAGAGAUCCAAGGUGCUAUCAUCGUGGCAUCUUUGUUUGAAGUGGCAAUCGGAUUCACUGGAAUUAUUGGAUUUCUUCUUCAAUGGAUAACCCCUCUUGCCAUCGUCCCGACCGUAGCCUUGAUAGGACUCUCACUGUUUGAAGAAGCUGCAUCUUCAGCUAGUAAAAACUGGGGGAUAGCAAUUCUAACAGUAUUACACUAUAAUAACGGCCUUUCUUUCUUUAAGCUCUUUCCGGUGUUACUGACAAUUGUCAUCGUUUGGAUCUUCUGUGCUAUCCUGACAGUAUCUGGUGCUUUAAAACCAACUGACCCAGCUAGAACAGAUUUACGGUUACAAACACUCUACUCCAGCCCUUGGUUUAGGUUUCCUUAUCCAGGACAAUGGGGUUUACCAACAGUGAGCACAGGGGCAGUUUUUGGAAUAUUAGCUGGAAUAUUAGCUUCAGUAGUGGAAUCGGUUGGUGAUUACUACGCAUGCGCCCGGCUAGCUGGAGCUCCCCAUCCUCCAACAAGCGCUAUAAAUCGUGGAAUAUUCGCAGAGGGAAUUUCCUGUGUUCUGUCUGGAAUAUGGGGAUCUGGCGGUGGCUUGACGUCGUACAGUGAAAAUAUUGGGGCAAUCGGAGUAACAAAAGUGGCCAGUAGACGUGUUGUCCAAUGUGGAGCAAUUGCCAUGUUGCUGUUUGGAGUUUUAGGAAAAUUUGGAGCAUUUUUCAAUACCAUUCCAGAACCAAUUAUUGGUGGUAUCUUUUGUGUGAUGUUCUCUAUUGUAACUGGUGUAGGGCUUUCAAAUUUGCAAUGCAUUGAUCUCCAUUCUUCGAGAAACAUAUUCAUUCUGGGCUUGUCCUUAUUUAUGGGACUUACAAUUCCAAAAUGGGUUGAGGCUCACCCUGAUGCAGUGGACGUUGGUAACGAUGUAGCAACACAACUCAUCAAGGUUCUUCUGAACACCAACAUGUUUGUUGGUGGAUUUAUCGGAUUUCUAUUGGAUAACACCAUCCCAGGAACAGCGGAAGAGAGGGGGCUCAGCGGGUGGAGAGAACAAGGACAAAACAAUAACACUUGUGAUGGUGAAAUUUCCUAUAAAACAUACGACUUUCCUUUCGGCAUGAAGUUCAUUAGAAAAUUUAAAGUGUUUAGUUACUUUCCAAUAAGUCCUACAUACGACGAAAAUAUUGUUGUUGGUAAAGUGAAAUCUCUUAUUAAAUUUAAAGGAAUUUUGCCCCAAAAGAAGAAUACAAAAUACGACAUUAACACAUAAUUCUAAGAUAUUUAUUUCUCGUACCCUAAACACUGUUAAGUUUGGU